AUUUCCCUCCCCCCCGCAGCCCAUUUCCCCCCGACCAAGCCGCCGCCGCCAUCUCCGGCCACCCCGCCUCUCCCCUCCCCCUCCCCCUCCCCGGCCUCGCCGCCGCCGACCCAUACCGGAACAGGAGGGCCGCCACCGCCGUCAAGCCUCCCUGCCAGCCGCCUCUCCGUCGGCCACGCUGCAACCAGAGCAAGAAUGGCGACCCUGAGGAACCUGAAGAUCAAGACGUCGACGUGCAAGAGGAUCGUCAAGGAGCUGCGCUCCUACGAGAAGGAGGUGGAGAAGGAGGCCGCCAAGACCGCCGACAUGAAGGAGAAGGGCGCCGACCCCUAUGAUCUCAAGCAGCAGGAAAAUGUUUUAGCUGAGUCAAGAAUGAUGGUCCCAGACUGCCACAAGCGGCUUGAAGCUGCACUGACAGACUUGAAAGCAACUCUGGCUGAGUUGAAGGAGUCAAAUGAACAAGGCACUGAGAUUGGUGAGGCUGAGGCUACAAUCACUGAAGUUGAAGCUGUCUACACGCCAACAGAAGCUGAAGAUUAAGCUCGCAACUUCCUUUUCGCUGAAAUGUCAGUAUGCAUCAUCAGACUUGCUCUUGUCGACAAGUUAGUCCCAUUUCAUAUGACGUUGACGCGGAAGCUUGUAUGUAUCACGACUCAUGAUCUGUCUCGAGAUGUGCAACUGGUAAUAUCACGGACGCAGCUCCUCUGACGUGCUGUCAGCCCACUGACAUGUGGGCCCGGCCCCACGCGUCAGUGAGCCAACGGCAGGGUGCAGUACGGCAGAGGAGCCCUAAUAUCACUGUACUGGAACAUGGUUAGGUGUUUAUGGUGUGCUGGAAAUGCUGCAUGUUGUUGGCAUUGUUCCAUUUGAGUCUCGGAUGAUGUCGCUUGUUGCUUAUUUGUUUUCAGUUAGUGGGGUCAUAAUCUUUCA